CAUUUUGAUAUACUCCAUUCAUCUAUUUGAACAAAAACAAUUAGUGCUUUCGGUUAUUCCACAUGGAUUAGCUGAUAACAUGAUUCCAUUGCAAGAAUACGUGUGCUACUCUUCUUUUCACUUUUGAGAACUCAAAACGAAGCUUUCCAUUCCCAACAGAAAAUGGGUUGUAAACUGAACUCCUUGGAACCACCAAUCUUAUGUCAGGUCCCUGCAAGGAAACCACGUUUUAGAACUAGACUUAUUGCUUUCUCUUCUUAUGCACCAAACAAAGGCGAAGCUGUUUCCACAACCAAAUCCAUCGAAACCCAGCUGCCAAAGGCUGAUGUCUAUGGUAUUAGCUUCAGGACCCUGGGAGCUUGUAAGCUAGGUAUUUCCAGAUAUCCCGACUUUGAGUAUAAUGCUGAAGGGGGAGCAGGAACUGGAACUGGUACUAAGAUCAACGAUGGUAAUGAACUUUCAGUUAGUUUUGACCUUAAAACACUGUACGUUCCACCACUGACAAGUGCAACAACCAAGUUUCUGGGAUUGCCGUUGCCACCGUUUUUGAAGAUUGACAUUGUCCCUCAACUCUUUAAAGGAAACAUCAACCAAGAAUCUGGCAAGGUUGACCUGGAAUUCUUGGCCAAGUUCUGCUUUUCUGUUGGGAGUAUUUACAAAGCACCACCAUUGCUGGUGAAGACAGUUUUAACAUCUGAGGAAUCAAAAGGAAAGAUUAGAAGUGCAAGAGGAGAGAGGUUGGAUAACAAAGGGAAUUGCAAAUUGGUUGGAGUAGCAUCUGUUGACCCUAUUGAUGAUUUCUUCAUGAAUUCUUUCCUCGGUCUUCCCACUGAAUGCCUUGCCAAACUGAAUGCUGUCAUCACCUUAUGUAAUUCUUCAUGAAGCAUGCAAUUUUCACCACAUAAAAAUAUGUUGUAUAUAUUGUUACAAUGUUACUCAUGACUAUCUAAAGUGUAAUAAGUAUUUAUUUACCGGAAAAAAAAACUCAGGAAGAGUUACUUGGAACUUCCCCUGUUUCCUGCUUUGAAAAAAUAACCCUAAUCCGGCAUCCGGUGCUCGUUGCUCAACCUCUGGUCACAACCCCUAGCCUCGGCUAACAACUUGUCUUUAAAUUUCUUUGAUAUAUAAGUGACCAAUGUACAUUGCAA